CGCCCCCUUCCUCCUCCUGCUCCGGGACUUCUGCAGAGCUGAACCCGCAGCAGCCGCUCCGAACCGAACCUGUUCCUGCUCAGACCCCGCUCACCUGCCCGGUACCCGCUCACCUGCCCCGGUUCCCCGGUAACCCGGCCAUGACGCUCCGCUGGCUCCUCCUGGCCGCCCUGGCCGGCCUGGCUCGCGGCUCCGACGUGCUGGACCUCACCGACGACGACUUCGACAGCCGGAUCGGGGACCACGACCUGGUCCUGGUGGAGUUCUUCGCGCCCUGGUGCGGUCACUGUAAACGGCUGGCGCCCGAGUACGAGGUCGCCGCCACGCGGCUCAAAGGGAUCGUCUCUCUGGCCAAGGUGGACUGCACCACCAGCAGCAACACCUGCAGCAAGUACGGCGUGAGCGGCUACCCUACGCUGAAGAUCUUCAGGGACGGGGAGGAGUCCGGUCCCUACGACGGGCCCCGGAGCGCUGACGGCAUCGUGGGGUUCCUGAAGAAGCAGGCGGGGCCGGCGUCGGUGGAGCUGAAGGACGCCGCCGACCUGCAGAAGUUCAUCUCAGACCAGGACGCCAGCGUCGUAGGCUUCUUCUCCGACGAUAAGAGCCCGUCCCAGGCCGAGUACCUGAAGGCGGCCAGCGCCCUGCGGGACAGCUACCGCUUCGGCCACACCAACGCCGCCGCGCUGCUGCAGAGCCAGGGCAUGGAGCAGGAGGGCGUCGUUCUCUUCCGGCCGCCGCGGCUCGCUAACAAGUUUGAAGACGGCUCGGUGAAGUUCAGCGAGGACAAGUUCACCAGCAACAAAGUGAAGAGAUUCAUCCAGGACAACAUCUGGGGGAUGUGUCCCCACAUGACGGAGGACAACAAGGACCAGCUGAAGGGGAAGGACCUGCUGGUGGCGUACUACGACCUGGACUACCACAAGAACCCCAAGGGCUCCAACUACUGGAGGAACAGGGUGAUGAAGGUGGCUAAGAGCUUCCUGGACCAGGGCAGGAAGCUGAACUUCGCCGUGGCCAACAAGAACCAGUUCAGCCACGACGUGUCGGAGGCGGGCCUGGACGCCGGGCCGGGGGAGCUGCCCGUGGUGCUGAUCCGCACCGCCAAGGGGGACAAAUACGUCAUGACCGAGGAGUUCUCCCGCGACGGGAAGGCCCUGGAGCGGUUCCUGCAGGACUACUUUGACGGGAAACUGAAGCGCUACCUCAAAUCAGAACCCAUCCCGGAGAACAACGACGGCCCGGUGAAGGUCGUCGUGGCCGAGAACUUUGACGCCAUCGUCAACGACGAGGACAAGGACGUGCUGAUCGAGUUCUACGCUCCGUGGUGCGGACACUGCAAGAGCCUGGAGCCCAAGUACACGGAGCUGGGGGAGAAGCUCGCCGACGACCCCAACAUCGUCAUCGCCAAGAUGGACGCCACCGCCAACGACGUCCCGUCUCCGUACGAAGUCAGCGGCUUCCCCACCAUCUUCUUCUCCCCCGCCGGACAAAAGACGAGCCCCAAGAAAUACGAGGGCGGCCGUGAGGUCAGCAACUUCCUCUCCUACCUGAAGAAGGAGGCGACGCGGCCCGUGGUGCUGCAGGACGAGUCCAAGAAGAAGAAGAAGAAGAGCAACCCGGAGCUAUAGGAGUUCCCGCGGGAGCCGUUCCCACGGGAACCGUUGCCGGGGGAACCGUUGCCGGGGGACCGGACCCCCCCGGCCCCAGGAGGACCAGGAGGACUAAAUUAAAUCCCACUCUUUAGUGAACUGACCGAAUGCUCUGAAGUUACCGACGCAGCCCCGCCCCGUCCUCCGCCGCCCCGGGGGAUUGUGGGAGGAGGGGGCGUGGCCAGGGGGCGUGGCCAGGCUCCGCCUGCCGCACACAAACAAACAACAAACAAAUCUAACGUUUCUUUAAUCAGGGAAGAGGGAACUGGGUCGGCCCGCGAGCCGCCGGGCCGAGGCUUUUGGUUUGUACGUUUCCGUCAUCGUCGCUCUGGUUUCAUCGUCACCACGGGGGAAUCUCUUUGUUUCUGGUUUUUGUUUCUUUUUCUUUUCUUCCCUCCUUUGUUUCGUAACUGGUUUUUGUUUUUGUACAUUUGGAAGGAUCAUGAAAUAAAAAGCCCCGUAAAACCAAAA